GGCUGCAGUGGAAACAGGUCAAAACUGACGUGCUAAUUAGAAGCUCGGCUGUGGCGCAAAAUGAACGGGUGUGUUUUAAUUGCAUUUAUAUUGUGAUUAUUGAGUAUUAAGAAUGGAAAUUUGCAUAAAAUGGACCUUGUGCCGUACCUGCACAGCCGAUACAAGUUCCCAGCUGCAGCCGCUCUUCGAUGAUGCCAGAUUGGCGAAGCAAUUGCAAGAAUAUGCUGGCAUUGUGGCGAGACCAGAGGAUGGCCUGCCCGACCAAAUAUGCACGGACUGCAUUCAAAAUCUUCAAUCGGUGCACACAUUUUUAACAGGCUGCAGACGUGCCGAUGCGCAUCUCCGAAAUGUUGUGCGUCGCACCAUGUCCUCGGGCAGAUGCUUUCCGAGCAUCUCCUUGGACGAGGACACCGAUAGCAGCAGUCCAUCGAAAGUGGGCAAGGAUGCACGUGCUCCCAAGCCAAGCAUUUCUCAACAGCAGAAAAACAGAUUCAAAACGCAACUCGUGAAGAGUUUACUAGCCGAGCAAGAGACGCCUGAUCCGGAAACUAUUGAGGCACAACAGCUAUCGGACGAGGAUUUAAGCAGCUGCGCAGAUAACAAAAAUGAAAUGCUUGAGCUCAUUGCCGAGAAGCAAACUGUAUUGGAAAAGUUGGCAGAUACAUCUGAAAAGAACGACGAGGAUUAUUUACUUGUCGUCAGCAAAUGCGUGCUAAAUCUGGCCGAGGGCGAGGCGACCGACAACGAAGGCAACGAGUACAUCAUAACAGAUGUGGCGGACAACGAGGAAGAGGAAGAUGAUGACCACGAUUACAGACAGCAUGAAAGUUAUGCAGCUGAAGCUGAAGCUAUUGAGCCAGAAUCUGGAGCUCAAGCGGUAAAGCGUCUCGCCGUGGACAGUCAGUCCGAUUCUGAGGGAAAAUCUGUGCUGAAAUUGGAGCGUUUGCCAAUGGAGCAGCCAGCUUCGGCUGUUGCUUCGCUUACGGUUGACCUGGGCGCUGCCUGUGAGCCAUCAAGCUUUCCCAGGCACAGCUGCUCCAUGUGCGGCAAUUCAUUUCCAAAUCAAACCCAGCUCAAGUCGCAUCUGCGCACACAUCGCAACGAAAAGAACUACGAAUGCGAGCUGUGCUCCAAACGCUUCAAUGCCGCCUGCAAUCUAACAACUCAUAUGCGCACCCACACGGGCGAAAAGCCAUACGAAUGCGCCCAUUGUGGUCGCCGCUUUGCGGACCGGAGCACCCAUCGAAAGCAUGAACGUAUGCACACAAAUGAACGACCAUAUGCGUGCGACAUUUGUGCCAAGACCUUCUCGCUGUCCACGACAUUGAAAGCGCACGCCCUUUCGCACUCCAAAGAAAAGCCACACAAAUGCCUGACCUGCAACAAGGGCUUUCGUCUGCCGCAUCAGCUGAAGGCUCACGAAAGAACCCACGUGCAUCGCUACGAGGUGGGCAUAAUGUUGUACAACCAGGACGAAGGCGACUAUUCCAGCAGCUAAGUGCUGCUCGAAUUAAACACUAACUCUAAAUUCAGUUAUUAAAUAAAUUGCUCCUAUGGUAGCUGUAGCAUCUAUUAAUAUAAUCACAGUCGUAUCGGGUAAAGUAAGCCAAAUAUUUGCUUGGUUGAGCAAGAAAUAUAAGUAUAUAUAUAUAUAUAUAGCGCGCACUAUAUACGCUAGAA